AUGACUUACACUAGUCUCCCCGCGCUUGCCUUCGAGCUAUGGACAUCCCUCGCAUUACAUCUAUGGAAUGCGGACAUAAAAUUAUACCGCCUGGAAUGUACCCACACUUCUCCGCCUCAAGCGCGUCUCUUCUGCCCACUCACCCGUCAUAUAAGUCUUUCGCGGCAUUUCAGCCAACGAAAAGUUACGUUGAGGGAGUCUGGCAAGAUCAUCAGCGAUUACUGCGUCAGCAGAAAGAUCGCCGACAACAGUGAUCUGCGCGCAUUCUUAGACAGCGUCAGGCAGUUUCCUGCUUUGAAAAGAGUCACUAUCACACCCCCAGCCCAUGGUCAUCUCUUCGUUCCGCUGCACCAGACCCCCAUGAUCCGCGCCUUCCCGAAGGGAUUUAAUUAUUUCAUUCCACGGGAUGGCUCUUCCCCACAAUAG